AGCGGAGCGGAGCGGCCGGUGGUGGCAGAGCGGCGGCGGGAAGGGCGGGCUCGGGGCUCCACAGCAGCGGCGGAGACGAUGCCGGUCCAUUCCCGGGAAAAGAAGGAGAAUAAUCACGAUGAGAUGGAGGUGGACUACGGAGAGAACGAGGGCAGCAGCUCUGAGGAGGAGGAGACCGAGAGCUCGUCCGUCUCCGAGGAGGGCGACAGCUCAGAAAUGGAUGAUGAGGACUGUGAAAGAAGAAGAAUGGAAUGUUUAGAUGAAAUGUCCAAUCUUGAAAAGCAAUUUACAGACCUUAAAGAUCAACUUUACAAAGAAAGAUUAAGCCAAGUGGAUGCAAAGCUACAAGAGGUCAUAGCUGGAAAAGCACCUGAAUAUUUAGAACCAUUGGCAGCUUUACAAGAAAAUAUGCAAAUCCGAACCAAGGUGGCAGGUAUCUAUAGAGAGCUUUGUCUGGAAUCUGUGAAGAACAAAUAUGAAUGUGAAAUUCAAGCCUCUCGACAGCACUGUGAGAGUGAGAAGCUUCUCUUGUAUGAUACUGUACAAAGUGAACUAGAAGAGAAGAUUAGAAGACUUGAAGAAGACAGACAUAGCAUUGACAUUACCUCAGAAUUAUGGAAUGAUGAGCUCCAGUCCAGGAAGAAAAGGAAGGAUCCAUUUAGCCCAGAUAAGAAGAAACCUGUUGUUGUAUCAGGCCCUUAUAUAGUUUAUAUGUUACAAGACCUUGAUAUACUUGAAGACUGGACAACAAUAAGAAAGGCAAUGGCUACGCUGGGACCACACAGGGUAAAGCCAGAACCACCUGUCAAAUUAGAAAAGCAUCUACAUAGUGCUAGAUCUGAAGAAGGAAGACUCUAUUAUGACGGCGAGUGGUAUGGACGAGGCCAGACGAUAUGCAUUGAUAAGAAAGAUGAAUGUCCUACAAGUGCCAUAAUUACAACAAUUAACCAUGAUGAAGUUUGGUUUAAAAGACCGGAUGGAAGCAAGUCUAAGCUGUAUAUUUCUCAGCUACAGAAAGGAAAAUAUUCAAUAAAGCAUAACCACAACUGACCACUGCUCCCUGGAUAUGAAACUAAUGGUAUUGCCAUGUGUGAUGUGCCAUGGGGUGAAAAUUGUAUUUAAUGGUGUUUUGUAUUCUUUAUGUAUUUACAGCAGUAUCUAAUGUGUGUUGGUCGUGCUGUAUGUAAGCUUCAUAUGGGCGGCCUUCAGAAACCUGAGGAGGGUAAAUCCUGUUAACAGACAUUUUGCCUCUAAAUUGGGUCCAGUGCCUAAGAUAUGAAGUAUGCUCUUCAAGUAUAGUGCUUCAAAACUUAGCAUAUUUGUAAAAUGAAGAAAAAAUAAUUCUUUUCUCAUUGGUGACCAGUUGGUGUGAAAAAAAUAACCAUAAUUACCAGCAACUCACUUUAUUUUCAGUGGCUGUGUCAUGCUUCACUUGUGAAUGUAAAUUUAGCCUGCUCAGCUGUUGCUUUUGAAUAGAUUGUAACAUGCAUAAGCAUUCUUUUAUCCAAAGUGUACUGAUUUAUUUAAAUUAUUGUCCUCAACAGCUCUACUAGUACCGACUGUGUUAUAUUUUGUAAGGUUUACUAUGUUGCUUGUAAUGAGAGAAAGCCAAUAUUUUGAACUAUGUUUUUGAAGAGCACUUUUCUAGUGUAGGACCCUAUUCAUUAGCAGACAAAUCAUUGGUGAUGUUUUUUCUUGAUUGCCAGCAAAAUGUAUGCAUAAGGUAGACAGUGUUGCUCCAACCCGUGUUAUACGUAGCCCACAAAGAACGACUGGGGGGAUGGUUAAAUGCGCUUGCAUGGCCUGCAUGUCUGGUCCACAGUUGUAUGAAGUACGAUGGGUUUUUGUUAGGAAAGGAAAAUAUUUCCCCAGAUGUCAUAUAUCUGGGAGAAUUUACACUGAGUUUUUCAUCAAACUAUUUUCAGAAUUUCUGUUCCCUGUUUUAUCUGAUUGUACACCAGAAGUAUUUCAUGCAGCUUAGGAAGCUGAGUGUCUUCUAAAGUCUUGCUCUUUUAGCCACAGAGAAAAGUCCUAAAUCCUUGAUGUGAUGUGCUUCGAGCAUCUAGAAUGAUAGAUGGGAUUGUUGAAGAGUUGUUAACGCGUUGGUUAUGUGCACUUUAAUCUCCACUUAUGAUGAUUUCUUCUUGGAGAAAAUAAAGCAUCCAUUUGCUUUAAACGAUCACAGCAAAUAAAUAUUUUUAUUGUAACAUAUAAAUUAAUCAUCUCUUCUAGUGCAGGGUGGUAAGUUCUUUCCAAAUGCCAAAUCAGUUUCUGCUGAGUAAUGCUUUUCUACAAUUGUAUGACAUUAUAAAUCAAAUGUACAUAAAGUAUCAAUUGACGUGUUGGCUUUUAACAUGAAUAUGAACUAUAUGUAUACAUUUGUUUGAUAAACUUUUUGUAAUUAAAUAUUUGCAUUUUUUAACUUAGUAUAUAAAUAAAUGAUCUGUGGUAGUGGACAUCUUUUAUGUUUUGUUCUUUGGUUUUCUAGUCUUGUUGGAAUUGCUGAUCUACCAAAUGGCAAAGGGAAAUAUUUUUAAAUAAUCCAAAGGCCUAAAGGCUUUUUUAAAAAUCUUUUGACUUGCACUUUUUUCUUUUGAUUUUUGACAGUCUGUAUGUAUAGAUUUUGUUUGUUUUUACAAGCUCUUACAAAAGUUUUUAUGGAAGCUUUAUUCUGUUACAUUUAUAAAUCAAACAAACGCUGUUAAGAAUCUCAUAACUGUUGACAUGCUUGAAAUCAUUUGUAUUUAGGCCAUGCUGGAUAUUCUAAACAGUUUUUGUGAUUCACCCCUUUCCUCAUACCUCUUUUGUAGUUUGCAUCUCUCUAGCUGCAAUUGAUUAUUCCUGCAGCUUUUUCUGAUAUGAUCUUCUACAAAGCAAAACUUUGCUUCAUAAAGCCUUGCAGUUUGGACUGACA